AUGGGGAGUAUUCUGGAGCCACCCAUAUCUAUUCUGGAGCAAUUUCUUCUUGAUAACUCUGGCGUGGACUUUGUGUGGGUACAUUUCAUGCCGUACACCGCGAAUACCCUUGUUCGAAUGCUUCCAAUUUCCACUUUUGUUCAUUUAAUAAAAGAGAAUGGGCUACUCUCAUUUCCCAAGGUCGCUUUCUUUGUGGCCCCGGGUGACAGGAUCGCUGAAGGGGGUUCUCUCUGUGGCAACUUCUACCUGCGGCCUGAUUUAACCUCAAUAUAUCUGCAGCCAGGCUCAAAUGGCACCCGGGCGACAAUUAGAACAUAUUCUGUCAAAAAGGAUGGGAAUCCCAUACCGGAAUGUCCCAAAGCGAAGUUGAAGGACUUGUACGCCAUCCUACAGCAGGAACUCUAUGAAUUGGAUGUCACCGCGCUGGUUGGCUUCGAGAUCGAAGUCGUGUUCCUGAAACACAGUUGUUGUAAUGGGAGGAGCGAAUACAAAAUUUUGAACAAUGAGCACGCUUUUUCUGAAGUGACAGCAGAGAAUUAUGAGUUCCUGGACCUGAUAGAAAGUAUUUCACGUGAGCUUACUGCUCUCGGCGUUCCUCUGCAACAGUUCCACGCCGAAUCUGCACCCGGCCAGUGGGAAUUUGUCUUGCCCCCGUUUUCUCCGCUCGAAUCAGUCACUGUACUGUUGAAGGCUCGAGAUACGAUUAUGGCUGUUGCUAGGUCAUUCGGUUACCGUGCAACACUACACCCUCGACUGAUGCCUGGCCAAAGUGGCACAGGAUGCCACACGCAUAUUUCAAUCAACUCAACGCAGAACGACUCCAAGAAACGAAUUGAAUCAUUUUUUGCUGGAAUCAUAUAUCACCUUCCAUCUGUCUUGGCUUUUACGCUGCCUCAAGAAGUCAGCUAUGAGCGGGUAAAGCCAGGCAUUUGGUCAGGUGGCGAGUACGCAGCCUGGGGAUGGGAAAAUAGGGAGACGCCUCUCAGACGGAUCGGGUUGACUCAUUUUGAAGUCAAAUUGGUCGACGGCCUUGCAAAUCCAUAUUUGGCGCUCUGCGCCCUUUUUGCAGCUGGGAUUGAUGGGAUUCGAUCAGGUCUGCCGUUGACCGGGGGCAAUUGCCCAAAGGCGCCCGAGGAACUUUCAGUUGACGAGCGGCAUCAACUAGGCGUUGAAGUACGAUUGCCAAAGACGCUUCAGGAUAGCCUGGAUGCCCUCGAAAAGAACACGAGGUUAUACGAGCUCAUGGGAGCUCCGAUAAUCUCAACGUAUACUACGGUGAAACGUGGGGAAAUGAAAGAACUCCGUGAAAUGAGCACGGAAGCCAGGCAGAAUUACUUAAUAUCUAGGUAUUAG